AUGCCGCCAAUAAAGCUGUUUGUGCUGUAUUCUAUUUUUCGGCAUGUUUGCAAUAUUGUUGUUGGGUACGGCGGCUCGUUGUCCUUAAAGAAAAAUCUAAUGCUGGUUGAGAUUACCAAUAGCAAUAAUGCUGGGAAGGUAUUUUCUCCCGUGCAAUGUAAAGGCGACAAUCUUUUAAGAAAAAGACACUUUGACAAGGUCAGGGAAAAUGGAAGGAAUAUCUACAAAUAUUCUGGAAGAGCUGCUGUUGUUGUGACCAGCACAACUCCAAUUAUUUUUUAUUACAAUACGAAGCAGGAGAAGCUGACCAUUCUAUUUUAUGUGCAAAGGUAUGACAAGGAUGAUUUCUCCUUGGACGCUACUCUUCAAGCACUAUUAAACA